GGUUAUGGACAUAGCUCGUAAGUAAGUCACACCAUGGAUCAACAUGAUUAAGUAAUCUUGCACACUAAAUUCUUAUGGUUCGCACUGUUUAUGUGAUGAUUUGUGAGACCAUGAAGAUGAUCAUUGUGGAACUGAAGUGUUGGUUUCGUUUGUGAUCCGGGUAUGGUCACCGUUUUGGUUACAAGGUAACCCGUCUGGUAAGAGAGUCCACGGGACUCGGUGCACGAGUUGAUUUCACCGCAUCAGUAGUAUGUUUGGCAUUGCAUUUAACCUGAUUAAAUGUCAUAAUAUUGUUUGCCAUUAUGCUUAUGCUUGUUGUGAGCUUGCAAGUACAUUCAAUGUACUGACAUGGUGUGUCAUGCCAGCUUUCAGGAAAGUCUUAUCAGAUCAAAGUGCUUCCCAUGUCUAGCGAUGAGAUUUAAUAAACACUCUAGCGCGAUGAGAUUUUCAAGAGUGACAACCUACCCUCAUGGAUGGCAUACACUGGAUACGCCGUGCUUAGCAUGAUCUCAUCAAUCAGCAUACCCCUGAUGUUCCGUCAGAUCAAGUGGUACUAUGUGAUAGUAGCAUAUCUCCUUGCACCUGUGCUCGGGUUCUCCAAUUCGUACGGAGCAGGUCUCACUGACAUCAACAUGGCCUACAACUACGGCAAGAUCGCCCUCUUCAGCUUCGCAGCCUGGGCUGGCAAGAAAAAUGGUGUAAUUGCCGGCCUGGUUGGUGGUACGCUGGUGAAGCAGUUGGUCCUCAUGUCUGCCGAAUUGAUGCAUGACUUGAAGACAAGUUAUCUCACGUCGACAUCCCCAAGAUCCAUGCUUGUCGCACAGGCUAUCGGGACGGGCAUGGGCUGCAUCGUCUCACCCCUCACCUUCAUGCUCUUCUACAAGGCAUUUGAUGUUGGUAACCCAGAUGGCUAUUGGAAUGCGCCGUAUGCACUCAUCUACCGUAGUAUGGCGAUUCUCGGUGUGGAAGGCUUCUCAGCUUUGCCAAAGCACUGCCUAUCAAUCUCGGCUGGAAUUUUUGCAUUUGCGAUGCUUCUGAGUAUUGCAAGGGAUACCCUACCACGCAGGUACGGCAAGUAUGUUCCACUACCGAUGGCAAUGGCGGUGCCUUUCCUUGUAGGUGGGAGCUUUGCCAUUGACAUGUGCAUCGGGAGUUUGGUGGUAUUUGUGUGGGAGAAGAUGAACAAGAAGGAGGCUGCCAUCCAAGUGCCUGCUGUUGCAUCCGGCUUGAUAUGUGGGGAUGGCAUAUGGGUAUUCCCAUCUUCCUUACUUGCUCUUGCCAAGAUUAACCCUCUCCAAUCUGCAUGA